AUGUUUAAUUCCAAGAAGUCAUCUUCUUAUAAGGCAAGCAGUUCAGGAGAACUAGCCUUGGAGACAAACAAAUUGGGUCGCACUUCGUUCCCGAAUUUGGUUUAUGGGUGUGGGAAUUACAAAAAUAGCAUGAGUAUUGAAAAAGUUUCAUCUGGUGUCUUUGGACUUGAAAGUGGGCCUCUCUCGUUCAUUGGUCAGCUUCGCGAAUCUUUGGGUAGAAAGUUCUCAUACUUCCUAGUAUCUCAUUCAAAACGAAAUGUAAGAAGAAAGUUCACCUUAAGAAAUUUAAGUAGCAAGCUCAACUUCGGUACUAGUGCGAUCGUGUCUGGGCGCGGAGUGGUGUCCACCCCAUUGGUCACCCAGCCUUCCUCACCAUUAUAUUAUCUCACAUUGGAAGCAAUCACCGUAAACAAUAAGAGAAUUCCGUUCACAAGAUUAAAUAGAUCCAAGGAAGAAGGGGAAGUUGAUAUUAUUGAGGAGGGUAACAUCAUAAUAGACUCACGCACGCCGAUAACUUCUUUACCGGCCAAUAUUUACCAAACUCUUAAGGAUGAACUUAAAAGGUCGAUUCAUGCGGAAUCAAUUGAAGUGCCAGAUAUUCCAUGGACGCUUUGCUAUGUAAACAACUAG